AUCGCUGCAUUUUGUAUCACUCCAGCAUGUCCGCCGUGACUCAAGCUGUCAUCUGUCUCAUUUCUCUGCUGCUUUUAACAGACUUGGCGACUGCAUCUACACCUGAGUACUUGCCGGCCAGAGACUUCCUCCAUUCCGACUCAAGACCGUCAUUUCCCCAACCACUUGGGAAACAUGAAUCCUUUCAAAAUACGAUUCAGAAACCAAUGACAAGGUCUCUAUUAAAGCCCAUUUGGUAUGAAGGAAGUAAACCAUCGAAUACUGGCAUAUCGUUUGCUUCCCAUUCAGUGCGCCCAGACUAUCUCAAACCCAACAGAGAAUCAUAUGGUCAAGGCUUAUUUGAGCGACCUGACAUGUGGCAAUCAAACAUGAUGGUACCUGUGAGGCCCGAAUUGGUCCAAAUGACAGUGUCUAAGAACAACAGACCUAUGUUGGGGAUGCUGAAGCAACUGUUGAAUGGUGACUUCCACAUAGUGGCAGACGCUAUACACGUGGAUGCCAUACCGAUACGCAGGCAGCCUUUUAUGGAAGGUAUGAUUAUAGUGCCUACCAUAUCACCUCUAUUGACCAAUGUAAACAAUCAAGUAAAACCAGUGCAACAAAUGUAUUUAGGAUUACCGGAAGCAGACAAACAAGAGCCAAGCAUCAGCAGUUCCUUGUCAAAUACCCAUUCCAGCAACAUGGCACACCAAGUUCCACUCGAGCUCCUUCUCCAAGAAUUCAAUGACCUGGAUGCAAAAAAUAAUUUAAAACCCGAUGGUCACGUCGUUACAUUUGCCAGUUUAUACCAAAAUUAUAUAGAACUGCUUGAACAGCAAAACAAGAGAACAACACCUCCCAUGUUAUCAACUACAACUUCCACCACAAUCGUGACACCAGAAUCAACAGCGCACCCUACCACUCCGGAAACCGAGACAACCGUGGACGUUAUCUCUACACCCGCCAUACCCAUGUCUCCUGUAACGAAAAAAGAAGAUGGCGGAUAUUCCCUCAUCCAGACAUCACAGGGCAAGAUCACUGAUGAUAAGCAAGUCCUAUGGCUUCCGGGUAUGGCACCGGAAAUGACCGGUCAGUAACCGCACUCGUAGACGUCCACAAGGAAGGAACUAGAAACCUGCUGUCUGAAUGCACAUGCAUGAGCUAAAGCAAAGCGCCUGCUUUGUCUGGUUCAUCACUGAAUGAUAUUUUUUAUUUCUAUUAUAUGUUUUCAUGUGACAUCUUAA